AUGAGAAGUCAAACCAUAACAAUGAUGACAACUUCAGUCAGUAGCUGGCCUUUCUCCUCCCAUGAAAUGCACUUUAUAGCUAAUUAUAGUGACCAAUCACCACAAAACUUCUCAAAAACAUCAAAUGUGACUAUUAACUGCCACAUGGAUGAAAAAUUACUAUCUAAUGUAUUAACAACAUUCUACUCUAUUAUUUUCAUUGUGGGACUGAUUGGAAAUAUAAUUGCCCUGUAUGUAUUUCUGAGUAUUCACCGCAAAAGAAAUUCUAUCCAGAUUUAUCUACUUAAUGUUGCCAUUGCAGAUCUCUUACUCAUUUUCUGCCUCCCAUUCCGAAUAAUGUAUCACAUUAACCAAAAUAAGUGGAUACUGGGUGUGAUUUUUUGCAAGGUUGUGGGGAUAUUGUUUUAUAUGAACAUGUACAUUAGCAUUAUUUUGCUUGGAUUCAUCAGUUUGGAUCGCUACUUAAAAAUUAACCGGUCUAUACCACAACGGAAGGCAAUAACAACCAAACAAAGUAUUUGUAUUUGCUGUGUAGUAUGGGUGAUUGCUCUGGUUGGAUUUUUAACUAUGAUUGUUUUAACAUUGAAAAGAGAAGGAUCUAGCUCCACAAUGUGCUUCCAUUACAGAGAUAAGCAUAAUGCAAUAGGAGAAGCAAUUUUUAACUUCAUCCUUGUGGUAAUGUUCUGGCUAAUUUUCUUACUAAUAAUCCUGUCAUAUCUUAAGAUAGGUAAGAAUCUAUUGAGAAUUUCUAAAAGGAGGUCAAAAUUUCCUAAUUCUAGUAAAUAUGCUACUACAGCCCGGAACUCCUUUAUUGUGCUUAUCAUUUUUACUCUCUGUUUUGUACCCUAUCAUACUUUUCGGUUCAUCUACAUUUCUUCACAGCUCAGUAAGUCGUCUUGCCACUGGAAGGAAAUCAUUCACAAAACCAACGAGAUCAUGCUGGUACUCUCAUCUUUCAACAGUUGUUUAGACCCAGUCAUGUAUUUCCUGAUGUCCAGUAACAUCCGAAAAAUAAUGUGUCAACUUAUUUUGAGACGUUUUCAAGGAGAAGCAAGCAGGAGUGAAAGUACUUCAGAAUUUAAACCAGGAUACUCCCUGCAUGACACAUCUGUUGCAGUUAAGAUUCAGUCUAUUUCUUAAAGUACAUGA